AUGGGAGACUGUAAUGGUCAACUUGGAGAAAGGCGCCCGGAAGAGAAAAAAGUACUAGGACCUUUCACAUACAGUAAUAAACCCAGAAGUAGAAAUGGAGAACAUAUUACAAACUUCGCACUAGAAAAUAACCUCACCAUCUUAAACACUAUGUUCAGGAAAAAUAAGAAAAACAUGUGGACCUGGAUCUCGCCAGACGGCAAAACAAAAAACCAAAUUGAUUUCAUAAUGACCAACAGAAACAACUACUUCACUAACUUUUCCGUAAUCAAGAAAUUGAACUUCAACACUAAUCAUAAACUAAUUAGAGCAGAACUAGCAUCAAAUCAACCAAAGAAACCUAGACCAAGACACGACUUAUUUAACACAAAGCUCGGAAAACAUCAGUUAGAACAAAUAACAAUCGCUCUAAUAGACAAAUUUACAGACUAUGAAUCUAACACAAAAGAAUUUGGAACACGAGGAAGAUACAAUUGGAUAGAAAAUACCAUAAAAACCCAAAUACAACUAAUUGCAAAUACAAAAACUGAACCGAAAAAAUGGCUAACAACAAAUACCACAAAACUACUAGAAGCGAGAAACCAUUUAAUUAGCACUAAAGAUACACAGACAGAAGAAAAAAUUUAA